UCAGGGCUAGAAGAAGCUGUCUACAGGAACAUCCAGGCAUGCAAAGAACUUGCUCAAACCACCCGUACAGCUUAUGGACCAAAUGGAAUGAACAAAAUGGUUAUCAAUCAUCUGGAGAAGCUUUUUGUUACAAAUGAUGCUGCUACUAUCUUGAGAGAGCUGGAGGUCCAGCAUCCUGCUGCAAAAAUGCUUGUGAUGGCUUCCCACAUGCAAGAGCAAGAAGUUGGAGAUGGAACAAACUUUGUCCUUGUUUUUGCUGGAGUUCUUCUGGAGUUAGCAGAAGACCUUCUGAGGAUGGGGUUAUCAGUGUCGGAGGUAAUUGAAGGAUAUGAAAAGGCUUGCAAGAAAGCCCUAGAAAUUCUUCCGGACUUGGUGUGCUGUUCUGCAAAGAACCUUCGUGAUGUCGAAGAAGUGGCAUCUUUGUUGCACACUUCAGUGAUGAGCAAACAAUAUGGCAAUGAACAAUUUUUGGCAAAGCUUAUUGCUCAGGCUUGUGUUUCUAUUCUUCCUGAUUCUGGUCAUUUCAACGUUGACAAUAUCAGAGUGUGCAAAAUUGUGGGUGCUGGUAUCUCUGCUUCCUCCGUACUGCAUGGCAUGGUUUUUAAAAAAGAAACUGAAGGAGAUGUUACUUCUGUCAAAGAUGCAAAAAUAGCUGUGUAUUCCUGCCCUUUUGAUGGUAUGAUAACUGAAACUAAGGGCACUGUACUUAUAAAGAAUGCUGAAGAACUGAUGAAUUUCAGUAAGGGAGAAGAAAAUCUAAUGGAUUUGCAAGUCAAAGCUAUUGCUGAUAGUGGUGCAAAUGUAGUAGUAACAGGUGGCAAAGUGGCAGACAUGGCACUUCAUUAUGCUAACAAAUACAGCCUUAUGAUAGUCAGGUUGAACUCAAAGUGGGAUCUGAGAAGACUGUGCAAAACUGUUGGUGCAACAGCCCUACCCAGAUUGACUCCCCCUACUCUAGAAGAAAUGGGUCACUGCGAUAGUGUUUAUUUAUCAGAGGUUGGGGAUACACAAGUUGUUGUGUUUAAGCAUGAAAAGGAAGAUGGUGCUAUUUCUACUAUACUCAUUCGUGGAUCUACAGAUAAUCUGAUGGAUGACAUAGAGAGAGCAGUGGAUGAUGGUGUAAAUACUUUCAAAACACUCACAAGGGAUAAACGUCUUGUUCCUGGAGGUGGUGCAACAGAGAUUGAAUUAGCCAAGCAGAUCACAUCUUAUGGAGAGACUUGUCCUGGGCUUGACCAGUAUGCCAUCAAGAAGUUUGCUGAGGCAUUUGAAGCAAUUCCUCGAGCACUGGCAGAAAACUCUGGAGUAAAGGCUAAUGAGGUCAUCUCCAAACUUUAUGCUGUGCAUCAGGAAGGGAACAAAAAUGUUGGAUUUGAUAUCGAGGCUGAAGCUGCUGCUGUGAAGGAUAUGUUGGAAGCUGGUGUUUUAGACACAUACCUUGGCAAAUUCUGGGGUAUCAAGCUAGCUACAAAUGCGGCAGUAACUGUCCUAAGGGUAGACCAGAUCAUUAUGGCAAAACCAGCUGGUGGCCCUAAACCUCCCUCUGGAAAGAAAGACUGGGAUGAAGACCAAAAUGAUUGAACAAUUAAUUCUUAAGUGAUGUGAUUAUGUGAGUUUUUUAAUAUUCCAGUUGGAGCUUGUCACAAUGGUUUGCUCUGUUGCCUUUAAGUUAUGAACUGUGUCCAAUGGAGUGCAGAACUUCAAAAACUUCAAUAAACAUACUCACUGUUAAAA